CCCUAGGAAAAAUAAAAGAAAGAAUAACACUGUUUUUCUCUGUUUUUGCCAAAUUGUGUAAAACUCAUCGGAAGGUAGGUGAAGAUAAAAAUCCCUAUUUUCUCUCUUCUAUUGAUUUUUUUAGUAGUCAUUUAUUGUCAUACAUAUAUUUAGUAGUAUAUUAGACUUAAUUGACAAUAAAUUAUACAAAUAAAUAAAAACAGCCUUACUUACUUAAUACCCUACACUCCUCCUCUUCCUCUGGUAAUCAAAUAUUCAACAUACCAGACCAAUUUGUUCUGUCUUUCCUUCUUUCAUUCUCUCUCUGUUUUUCUUUCUAAUAAUAGAUCCCAAAGAGUUUUACUGAAUUAGAUGUGAUAAAAUUAGUAAUUGAGAAAAUGUAUAAGAAGAUACUAUCAACAGUGAUGCCUUGUUCUUCUUCUUCUUCUUCAUCAGAAACAUUAGCAACAAAAACAGCUGAUUCAUCGCCGUCGACUACAGCAGCUGGUUAUAGUAUCUUUCAUCGUCGGAAUUUGACGUUAUCUCUGCUAGUGGGUGUAGUCCUGGGACUACCUUGUUUGAUUUAUUUCAACGAUUUAAUUCCAUCUCAGAUACUUUCCCUCUCAUCCUUCUACGGUUCCUCUUCUUCGUUCAAGGUGGACGAAAGACUGAAGGAAGUUCUCGAGAAGGCAGCAAUGAAAGAUAAAACUGUGAUCUUAACCACAUUAAAUGAAGCGUGGGCAACUCCUAAUUCAGUAGUCGAUCUUUUUCUGGAGAGCUUCCGAAUAGGAGAGCGAACCCAAAAUCUGUCGAGUAAUUUGGUCAUCAUUGCAUUGGAUAGUAAAGCUUAUAACCGUUGCAUGGAGAUACACCCUCACUGCUAUGCUCUUACUACGUCAGGAGUUGAUUUUUCUGAGGAAGCCUAUUUUAUGAGCCCUGAUUACUUGGUUAUGAUGUGGAGGAGGAUUGAUUUUCUUCGCACAGUUCUUGAGAUGGGUUACAACUUCGUCUUUACGGAUGCUGAUAUAAUGUGGUUCCGAAAUCCAUUUGAACGAUUUUACCACGGUUCGGAUUUUCAAAUUGCUUGUGAUUACUACAACGGGAAUUCACGGGACUUGAGAAAUGCCCCAAAUGGAGGAUUUACAUAUGUUCAGUCCAACAAGAGAACAAAGCAAUUUUACAAGUAUUGGUAUGAGUCGAGAAAAAGGCACCCUGGUAAACACGAUCAAGAUGUCCUCAAUAUAAUUAAGAAAGAGAAAUCUUUCAGAAGAAUAGGAUUGAAGAUGAGGUUCCUGAAUACAGCAUACUUUGGAGGAUUAUGUCAACCAAGUAGGAAUCUGAAUGAAGUUUGCACAAUGCAUGUGAAUUGCUGUUACGGUUUGGAUAACAAGCUUCACGACCUGAAUGUUAUGCUUGAUGAUUGGAGAAAGUUUAUGUCUUUAUCACCACACUCCAGGAAAUCAUGGAAAUCAUCUUGGACUUUGCCACAAAAUUGCAGUCUUGGAAACUUUCAUCCUCAUCCAUCCAAGAAAGACGCAAAACAGGAAAAGAGAAAUUGACAACAGAAAACUACUAGGUUGUAAAGAUUUGAUUUGUGAUUUUCUGAAGAUGAAGAAAUAUUGUUCUAUCGUCUAUAUUUAUGCUUCUCAGCAGAAGGCUUAGGCGAAACCAAUUGAUAGUGUAGUUGUGCUCAGUGCUCAGAGAUAUUGUAGUCUCUCAAAAUGUAGUUUCUGGCAUCUUUUAUCUUGCAUUUCCUGAGUAAAAAGUGUCCGUAUUUUUGAAGCAAUUCCUUUUAUCAUGGAAUCACGACAAGGUUUAUGAAAAUGUUAAAGCUCAAUAUGUUAUCUUCAGAGAUAAAUCUAGUCUAAGA